AUGGCCCCAGCGGAAGACCUUAGCGAGAAAAUGCAAAACAUCAACCUGGAUGACAGAAAUGCCAUACCAGAGCUCAUCUUCCAUCCUCGGCACGGUAGUAUUCACGAGACAUCCUUGGACACGAUUCCCCGAUACCUGUUCCGCGUGGUAUCCCCUCGAUCGAAUGGCAUGACAAACGUAAACUUGGCGCUUUCAAACAUGGCACGUGAACAAGACAUCAGGGAGAAUUUACCGGAGCACGACAUCUUCUACAACUUUCACGACAGUGAGGUCCAAGCUCGCAACGCAAUUAUCGUGAAUGCUCACUUGAAUGAAUGGCGGAACGUCCACAGCCAAGAUAAUUUUGUCUCCUGGACGAGUUCGCUGCUUUUUGCCAUCCAGUACAUCUAUUAUCGGCACUUGUGGACAGAGGACCGGUCUGACCUUGCGGACAUCAAGUUGUUUAUCAUUGACACGACUCGAUUCACAAGGGGCACGUUUAUACGUGACCUUGAUCUGAUUGGCUCUUUCUCCAAAUUCAAUGACAGCCUGCGGAGAUUUCAAAGACUGCGCCGUGGAAACAAAUAUUACUUUGGGGAGUAUCUCUCUCAAGGCAGAUUGAGUAUCGAAGGAAAAUGCCAAAUGAUCUCCGCAGAUGUUUUGUUUGAGCAGCAUCGACUUCAACGUCUGCAACCUCAUUUUCAUGACCCAAACCUGAUGAGACCCUCCUACAACCCCGAAUGGGCCAAUGCCGUCGUACGCCUGCGAGAAAGAAUCUGGGCUCAACAUGUCAUAGUUUUGGAGACUGAGAUGAAUAGCCGGCUCGCAGCGAUGCGUGAGAUUAUAGACCACUUUGACGAUGGUUGGAAAGCCCCCAUGGCCAUCUACUUUGUCGCGCUGCUCGGUUAUCCGAAAGUUGCUACGGUUCCUGGUGAGGGCGGAGGCAUGAUGGGGUUGAAAGCAUUUGGUGUCGACCUCUUCUCAGAUCUUGAUCACAACCAGGAACGUCCGCAAUUCGAGACUCAAAUAGUCGCGCCACAGACCAUGCCCGAGCUGGUGAAAGUUGACAAACUUUUCCAGAUCUGGAAAUGUAUGAGCAAGCUGAAGGUCACAUAUGAUGAACUGAUGCAAGCCAUUGAGCGGGGUGGGAACCCCUGA